CGGCUCGGGCUCGGGCUCGGUCGCGGUGUCAAGGAGCUGGAGCCAGAGCAGAGUUUGCUCGCUUGGAAGAUGGGAAACUCUCGCCGAAGGGCGCUGCAUUUCUUUUAACUUGAUGCCCAUGCAGUCUCUUCUAUUGACCCCUUCCUCUUCAUUCUAAAUCUAAGAGGCAGAUAUCCAAAAGGUACAACCUGGCCAGGCAAUGAAGUAACACCAAGAAGACAGUGAUGAUAAAGCCACAGCACUGUCACUUGAUUUCACAGUUGCGGCCAUCAGAUCAAAUACCAAAACUGUAUGAUUGGAAUUAAUGCUCCUUCCCUCCCUACCUAAUCAAACUCCAGGGGAGAAGAAAGAAGAAAGGGCCUCAUCCCACAAGGUCAAUACUGCAGCCAUGGAAGUGACACAAGUGUAGUCUGACAGGAGGGCUCAAGGAAGGGAGAUUCAGUAAGGAUGAUUGACAGCAAGGAUGGGGUAGGGGUAGGGAGAUAAAAUGACCUCCCUCCCUCCUGAUGUCAGUCCCUUGAUCAGGAUUUGUUGUGUCAUUGCCCUGUAUGGUGAGCUUCUAGCUCCCCACUGAGAGAAUUCUAGAGGUUCUCAGUAACAUAGAGACAGAGGAGCGGCACGGUGGCUCAGUGGCUCAGUGGUUAGCACUGCAGCCUCAUAGCGCCAGGGACCCGGGUUCGAUUCCAGCCUUGGGCGACUAUCUGUGUGGAGUUUGCACAUUCUCCCCGUGUCUGUGUGGGUUUCCUCUGGGUGCACUGGUUUCCUCCAACAGUCCAAAGAUGUGCAGGCUAGGUGGAUUGGCCAUGUUAAAUUGCCCGUAGUGUUCAGGGAUGUGUGGGUUUUAGGGGGAUGGGUGGGUUUUAGGGGGAUGGGUCUGGGUGGGAUGCUCCAAGGGUCGGUGUGGACUUGUUGGGUCGAAGGGCCUGUUUCCACACUGUAGGGAUUCUAUGAUUCUAGAGUGCAUGUGAUAGUCAGUGCAAGAUAAAUAGUGGUUAUUAGUAGGAGCAGUCACAAAUUGGCCCUGCUGGCUUCACUGCUGUGUUUUGUGCUGAUUGACAUCUCAAUCUGCAUGUUCUACAAGGAAACAUUAAACAUUCAGUGCAUGAAUGUCUGGGCCUCCACCAAUAUGGCAUCCUUUAACAUUAGUUCCACGGGGAUGGAUGCAUCAUGGAUGGCAUAUUGAAACUCCAAAGCCAAAUUAAUGUUACCCAAGAAGUCUUUCAAAAUAAUUCAGAAAAGCAGUUUUGAUUCAGAAAAACUUCAUGGAAAAACCUGAGGAAUUUAGAUGAGACUGACAGAUCAUGCAGUCGUCAGGGCACCGAUUCCGGGAUGUUGACCAUCAUCCUCUGCUGAGCUCCGAAGAUGACUUUGAAUGCUCGGCCGGAAAUGUGGAAGUGGUGGAUCGGAUUUGGUUUAUUCGUGAUGGAUGUGGAAUGGUCUGCGCUGUCAUAACCUGGCUACUGGUUUUAUACGCCGACUUUGUUGUGACUUUUGUAAUGCUGUUGCCUUCCAAAGACUACUGGUACUCACUGAUAAAUGGCAUUGUAUUUAAUAGUCUGGCAGUGCUGGCUCUAUCAUCCCAUCUGAGAACAAUGUUGACAGACCCAGAGAAAUCGGCCAACAACAAUGAAGAGAAAGCCAAGACAGGUGGUGUCCGACAUCCAUUUCCUCACCUUCUGCAAAGACAGAAUCUGCCUUGGCAGGAAAGGACAAUGACUGCUCAUAUGGGCGCAGUGCCUAAAGGCAAUGCCACAAAAGAGUAUAUGGAGAGCCUACAGCUGAAGCCAGGGGAGGUGAUUUAUAAGUGCCCAAAGUGUUGCAGUAUUAAGCCAGAACGAGCUCAUCAUUGCAGUAUUUGUAAAAGGUGCAUCCGGAAGAUGGACCACCAUUGUCCUUGGGUGAACAACUGUGUUGGAGAGAACAAUCAAAAAUUCUUUGUACUCUUUACUAUGUACAUAGCACUGAUUUCAGUCCACGCACUGAUACUGUGUGGCUUCCAAUUUUUCUUCUGUAUCAGAGAGCAGUGGAGUGAAUGCAGUGGCUUCUCACCACCUGUAACUGUAAUCCUAAUCAUCUUCUUGUGCCUUGAGGGACUCCUGUUUCUCACAUUCACCUCAGUAAUGUUUGGCACUCAGCUUCACUCAAUAUGCAAUGACGAGACGGAAAUUGAGCGGUUAAAAAAUGAAAAACCGACAUGGGAAAGGAAGCUACGAUGGGAGGGAAUGAAGAAUGUGUUUGGAGGGCAGCCGUCAUUUCUGUGGAUUAAUCCUUUCUCAGGGAUUAGAAUUAGACGACUCAUUCCCAGAACACUGAAGGGAGGCGCAGAAUUCGCUGUUUGAUUCUGAGGAAGAACAUUUUUGAAAAAGUAAUCUUUCCUAAUAUUAAAAUAAAAUUAGCACAAGACUUAUUUCUUUUCUACGCACUGCCUACUAAGGUACAAUGGAUUAAAUAAAUGCUGCCUGUAAAAAUUGAACAUAGUAACCUAAUUAUGAACAAAUGCCUGAAGUCUGGAACUAGUGAACUGACAAAUCUUCAUCAGCCUCAUAAGAAUGGAUUGCAAAAGUCAAACUGUAGCUUUGAAAGGGCAGUUAUGUGUCCUAUUUCUCUACUGUAUAAACCUCUGCAUAGUUGCUCAUCUUGCAGUUUUGCAUAAUGUACUAUUUGUGACAUAACCCCAAAUAUUUGGAUGUAAACUACAAUGCGAUUGAUAACUUAGGCGACAUUGGUUGAACUUUUUUUUAAUCAUAAAGUUUGUAGUCCAUUCCAUCCAACUGUUUUUCACCUCAUUUGAAAAAUAAUUUUCAGGCAUUAUAUUUACGAACUGUUACCUACGAACUGUAUAAGUUAGAAUUGAAUAAUUUCUUUAAUCUGUUUUUAUAUUUUUUAUAUAUAUAUAUAUAUAAAAAGGGAGCUCUAAAGAAGGGGAAACUUUAUUUUUUCAGUUUAUGUAUAUUUCUUUUUUUUAAUUUCAGGACAGUUUCUUUCCCUCUAUCUGUGGUACGGGUGGGUGUGCACUGUUUUUCAAUAAUCCAAAGUUUACCCUAAACAUAAUCACACUUUUUAAUUUUAUUUAUUGUUCUGUUGAAAUGCACAGAUGAAUUGUGAGUGUAUUGUUGUUGAUGGCUGUUUCUAAAAUUGAUAUAAAAUAUCUUCACAACAAACCUCUAGUCCAGUUUAAUGUAGAAUGAUUGUUUAGUGUAUGGAUAGAACAAUUUUUUCUCCUUGUUUCUUACCUUCUAAUAACAUAAAACGUUGAAAACUAACGAAGAUGCAAUGAAUUCAUUUUUCAUUGUUUAUGAAGCCUUAAUGGUAUU